GACACUUCUUACAUGCUGUUACUUGCGCCGCGCCUCUUCACAGCAAAUGGAUGAGCGCCGGAGGAGCAGCCUAAAUGAAGCCACAGGAACACCGCGUGAGAUGCGGCUCGGCUCGACCCCCUUUUACGCACGGCAGAAGAUGUGACUUGCUUCGAUUGUGUCUGAAGAAGGCUGCUGGUAACUGAUCCCGGUGUGUUCCCCUGUCAGACGGACAGCAUAAAGUUAACCUCAGACGUUUAUAACUCUGCAAAAAUGGGGAAGAAGAACUUGCCUGCGCGAUGGAGACUUCCAGCGUUGGUCAUGUGGCUCAUCCUCCUUUGCGCACAGGACGCACUCACCAAAACUCUCCAGUGUAAAGAGAAUCAGUACCGUGAAGGCUCCAAGUGUUGUGACAAAUGUCAACCAGGUUACCAUGUGUACUCUCACUGUACUGAUUCUCAGCGGACUAAAUGUGUCAAAUGCAAUUAUGGUGAAUAUCAGCCUGUCUGGACAGAAGAAAUGCAGUGCGUUCGGCAGAAGUUCUGUGAUCCAGGUAAGGGUUUUAUGGUGAAUAAAGAGAACCCUGUGGCUGAGGAACCAUGCCGCUGUAGGCCCAACUUACAGUGUUUCCACAUCAAUUGUGAAUUCUGCGAAAAAUUACCCACCUGUGACCCUGGUUCUGGCAUCGAAGAUGACCCCGGCUCAAAUAAUGGAAGAAAGAUCUGCGCUCCGUGCAAAAGCGGCUUUUUCUCCGCUCAUCGUCAUUCUGAGCAAUGCAAAGAGUGGACCAAUUGUAAGGCAGAGGGAAGAAGUGAGACGCAGCCGGGCAGCAGCCGGGCGGAUGCAGUGUGUGGACCUCCUGACCCCGGUACAACCCCCCCUUGGGUUUUAGUUUCUGUGCUGUCAGUCCUAAUUGUUAUGUGUCUCCUCCUUCUGCGGCUCCUCUGCUACAAGGACAAACUGAAGUUGCUCUCCAUUAAUCUGCGAUCUUGCGUCCAGAAUCUGAAGAGGACCAGGAUUCAACAGGAGACUUUGGCCCCUCUUUACCACAGUGCACCAGCAGGUGGAGGAAUUGAAGCAGCUCCUGGAGAUCCCAGAUGUUUCCCGUGUCAAGAGACUAAACUCGUCUGUCAAGAUCCCCACAGUCCUGAGAAUGAGCCCCUCCGCCCAUCCGCCUCCAUCGGUGCCAGCGCCUGCCUGCUGUUACCAGAGCAACCAACAGAAAAAGGAGGGAUGGAGGAAAAGACGGCUGCAGAAACUCAGAGCGAGGGAUAUGGAGAACCAGAAGAGGUGUCAGAAGAAGACUUUUCAAGUGUCUCUCCACUUUUGGCAGGUUCCUGUGUGUGUGUCAUUCCAGUCUGUGAGCCACUGGAAGUAGGGGAGAAUGAGGACUGUAGCCAGGCUGUGAGUCCUGGGAUGACAGGAACCUGCUCGUGUGGGGCUCUGGAAGACAGAAACGAGAACAGAAGCAAAAGGCAGCGAGAAAGGGCCAAUGGAAGUCAAGAAAAGAUGGCUUUGACCACAAGUGAGACAUGUGAGGUUCUUCUGACCUCCUGUGGGGUUCCACCAUCCAGUCCUCCUGAACGCUGUCUGCCAGCCUCCCAGGCUCAGAUGAUGGAGCAGUCCAGAUCUGACCUGACGGACGGAUCACCGGUAAAAACAGUGGAAUUAUACACACAGACAAGUUUACACUCCACCUUUAAAGGAAAUAGCACAACCUCCACUGUGACUUUAGCCAGCCCCUCAUUAACUUCAGCAUCGGUUGGAGAUCUUUACCUGGAAAAGCCGCCUGAGUCCUCAAGUGCAGAUCAAAGCCUGGGACCUUCCUGGAGGAAUAGCAGGGAGAAAAGGUUUCCUCUGGGAGACUCGGAACUGGACUGUUCACCAGAGAGUCUCCACAGUCAGCUGGCUGAACCAACUCCUACCUCAGGUCUGGUGUCUGGAAACAACAAUACUACCUUCAUCUCCAGCGGUCAGGUGAUGAAUUUCAGCGGUGAUGUCAUUGUCGUGUGUGUCAGCCAAACAUCUCAUGACAGUGACGAGGAGAGGCAGGGUGACGCUAUUGGGAGCCCUGUGCAGGAGGAGUCUACCCAAACGGCGCAGUUUUUCCAGAGCAGGUGUAGAUCACAAGGGAACUACACUACCCAUAACACCUUGCAAGAACUGACAAUGCCAAUGAUGCAGGGAAAGUAAAACAAAAUCGUGGAGGACACCAACAAUCUCUGCAGCUGUUGGAUAAACUUGCACUACUGAACAUUUUGAUGGUAACAUCAGUGUUGCAGCUCCCAGUGAGAUUGGAGUGAUUUAUAUAUGAAAUUUCACAAGUAGGACAAAGAUUCUUCAGUGGAAUUUCUUCUGGAAGUUGUUUUUCUAAAUAGAUUGAAUGGAUCUUGCCUGACAUUUAUUUCCAGCUGAAAGCUACAGUGGAAACUCCCUUUUGAGAUCAUUUUGGAGAAUUUUGAAUUGGUGUAGAAUUUGGGUUCAGACUGGAAGAGCAAAACAUUUGUUGCUCAGACUCAGUUGUAAAAUGUGUAUUUCAGUUUUUACUUUUGACUAAAAGAGUCCACCUUUUGGAUUUAUUCACUUUAAUGUUAUGUCUGGAUAAAUUUAAGACUUUUUUUCCUACGGUUUUUCAGUGUUUAAAGAAAUCAACUUACUUUUUCCAGUAAAAUAUUGUUGAAUUGAUUUAAAAGUUGUUUAAAAUUCAAAUGAAUUUUUUAACAUUUUACUGAAUCUUUGCUUAUUUUAUAUGCGCAUGAUUUAACUGAGGCAAACAAAGUACAUCAAGUUUUGAUGUGAGGCUUUUUUAGCUAUUACAUAGACUGUACAUAGACUUUUUAUAAGACCACAAAUGCGGUUUUGGUCAAAAAAUAAAAUGCUAUGCAUUUGAUAAGCUACCUUAUUACUGGUUUGUUUUAAUCAUAUAUAAAUAUGAUGAGAUCUUUGAAGAAAUGAAACUAUCCCUAAUUGUUUGCUUUAAGUCCCUUCAAAGGGUUUGAUUUCAGAAGCUGCAUAUGUGCUCAGUGGUUGCAUGCAUUCCAAAGAGUGAGAUGUAUUUGUGAAUGGACAGUUAAUACACUUUGUGUUUUAUUUGUGGUGUUGGUGGCGGUUGGGGGGGUUAAAUCACAUUGUACCAAUGACGAAGAUGCGCACAUUCCAGGACUUAAAAGCUGUUCAACCACAGGCUCACCAAAUGUAUGCAGCGUUUGAAAAAGAAAUAUGUACAUAAUAAUCAUUUCUGAUGCAAUGAAUAAAUGAAAGACUAUUUUGAUUAGAAAUAAAUAUGUUUUCAUUUUA